AAACUAAAAAUCAAGUCAAUUCUUAUUGGUGAUCAUUGGGAAACAAGAUCCGACUGCUAACAAAAAGUUGAUAAUAUAUUUGCAUAUAAAUUAAUGUAAUCCAUUAAAUUAAUAAUGGAGCCAUCAGCGAAUAAAAAUAGAUACCAUGGCACAAAACCAACUAAUAAAAAAUAUCGAGGGAAGGCACCAGUCAAUCCAAAACUAUUGAAGAAAUAUUCCAGAGGUCCUGGAAUUGAUUUGAAGCCAGAAACGAGUGCGAUAAAACACAAGGUACUUAGAGCAAAGCUACGGAAUAAGGAAAAGGCCAUAAAGAAGGCGACGGAAGCUGCUGCCCGAUCGGAGUUCCUACUGACGGAGGAGGAUGGCUACUUGGAAGCUGAAACUGGUGAAGUCACCGUUCAGUAUCGACAGAGGCAAAUUGUGGACAACGUGGAUAUAACGAGCGCGACCAAACAGUUUAAGCUCGAUCUGCAAUUUGGCACGUACUGCUUCCGAUACACGAGAAACGGCAGGCACCUGCUGUUGGGUGGUAAACAGGGCCAUGUGGCGGCUUUCGACUGGGUGACGAAGAAACUGGCCUGCGAGAUGAACGUAAUGGAGUCCGUGCACGAUGUUACAUGGUUACACCUGGAAACCAUGUUCGCGGUUGCGCAAAAGGAUUGGGUUUACGUGUACGAUAAUCAGGGAAUCGAGUUGCAUUGCCUGAAAAGGAUGAACGGCGUGACGAAGCUGGAAUUCUUGCCCUAUCAUUUCUUGCUCGCCAGCGGAUCGAGGGACGGCCAUGUGGCUUGGUUGGACGUGUCUGUGGGCAAGCUCGUCUCCCGUUACAAUUCGAAUCUGGGCAGAAUAUCUGUGAUGACACAAAAUCCAAGCAAUGCGUUGCUGUGCGUGGGCGACUCGAAGGGAGUGGUGUCCAUGUGGUCUCCAAAUUCUGUUAAACCACUAGCGAAGAUGCUUUGUCAUCAUCAGCCGUUGAUGACGUGCACCAUUCAUCCAUACGGGACGUACAUGGCCACCAGUUCCAUCGAUAGGUCCUUGAAGAUAUGGGACAUUAGACAGCUAGCGGGACCAGUGAGCCACGUGAAUCUUCGUUCCCCUGCUCAUCGCAUGUCUUACAGCCAGCGUGGCUUGCUCGCACUCGCAAUGGGCAAUGUAGUAGAAGUUUACAGAGAAACGUCUAGCGAAUUUAAGCCAUAUCUGCGACACAGGACCGCCCGCAAUGUGUGUUGCGUGAGAUUCUGCCCGUACGAAGACGCGCUGGGAAUGUCCACGGCGAAUGAAUUUUCGUCGCUCCUCGUGCCGGGAAGCGCGGAAGCGAAUUACGACGCGCUCGAAGUUAAUCCGUUCAUGACCAAGAGCCAGAGGCGAGAAACGGAAGUGAAAGCGCUUCUGGAAAAGAUACAGCCGGAAUUCAUCACUCUUGAGCCCACGAAUAUAGCUGAGGUCGAUGUGGAUACUUUGAAGGACAAAGUGGAAGCGAAGAAGAAUCUUUUGUAUAUUAAACCGAAAACAAUAGACUUCAAACCCCGACGAACGAAAACCAAGGGAAAAGGUGGCACUGCGAAGAUAAUAAAAACUAAAAGGAUACUGAAAGAACUAAGUCGUCGGGAAAAGAUUCAGGCACAUCGCGAAGAAACACGGCAGGAAGCAACACUAAAAACUGAUGAGGAUCAAAGCAAACAUUAUGGUGUAUUAAACAGAUUCCUUCCGAAGAAAUAGAAUAAGACAAUAUUUUAAUGAAAUUUAACAAAAUACAAAAUAUAGCGUGCAUACUGCACGUGUGAGUUAUCGUAUAUACAUUGUAUAUAUAUUUGUAUGCGUGAGUGCGUGUGUGAGAAAAUGUUUAUGUGUUUCGUAUGUACAUACAUGAUCUUAGAUUGAAAUAUGUAUGGUUUCCUAAAUAAACACUAUACUAAAGUAUAGCAGUUGCCAAAAA